AUGUCCAAUAUCCAGGUUAUAAAAACAUUAGCCUCUACCAAUCCUAGCCAUCCCCAAGACUCUGUUACAAGGCACACAAUUAUUAGCACAGACAACAAUAACACAAACUCUACAUCUGAUACAAACAAACCCUCUAGUACUAAAUCAACUAGUAUUCAAAACACUAGUAGUACAAACAAGACCACUAUAUCCAGACCCACCAACCCCAACACCAAUCGUAAAAGACCUAGAAACUUAUCUAAUAUUUCUCCACUUGCUACUACUUCGAAUAAAGCUACUAAGGCUGUAUUAGACAAUACCUUAACUCCUAUUAGAAUACAAGCAAGUAUGAAAAUACCUACUACAAGAUUGACAUACAGCCAAGCUGCUUAA